GAUGGAGUCAGGAAACCUCCCGCAGGUGUUCCUGAGCAGCAUCAACGUGGUGAAGAACACCUGCAGGUUGGCUCGAAUCGUCUCGUGGUACCAAACUGUGGUCCUGUCCUACCAGCUGGUGUUGAAACUGGCAGAAAUGAUAGAAGUUAAGCUAAGAAGAGAGUCCAAAGAGGAUGAGUUUGAGACAUUAAAGCGGGAGCUGAUGGAGGAGGUGUUUGCUGUGCAGAUGAGGAUCAGUGAGUGGAAAGAAGAACUGCUGCAAAAACCUCUGAUGGCAGCAAAAAUGCUCACCUACCCAAAAGAAAUUGAGCUGUGGGAUUCGCUSCUGAAAGCUGAAAGUUCUUCUGAGGACAUUUCCUCGUGCUGGAAGGCGAGCCUGAAGAAAGACCUGAAGAAGAGGAUAUCUAAUUUAAGUGAUGAAGAUAAAGUGUUGGUCUGCUGCCUGGAGUCGACCUCAGCAGCUUUAAGGAAAACUCAUGAAGAUCUUCAAACCUGUUUCCAUGAAGCCUUUGAGUUAGCCAUCAAGACAACCUGCCAGAGAGGACAGGAGGGAGACCUGAUCCGAGCGCUCAGCUCCAAGGUUAAAGAUCUUCCGGUGGAUUUCACGUCGGCUGUUGUGGUUGAGUCUGCAGCGCGGUUCAGGGACAACACGGUGGUCCAGCUGCUGGAUCCCCAGUCCGCCGUGAACUUUCUGCUCUCCAGCUGUGACUGGAGGUCCAUCCAGGUGGAUGACACCGCAGGACAGGUGGUCCACAGCUGCGUGGAGGCUGUCAGCUCUCUGGUUGUGUCUCUGUUGGAAGGAAACGCAUCUCUUGGACACCUACAGAUCUGCCUGAAAUAUCAGGAGCAGUUUAAGAGACUUUACCAGCAGUACAAGAAGAACACAAAGUCGGUGGUCAUUCYUGUUGCUGCAGAGGUGAUUUUGGCUCAGAGAGAGACAGAGCUGAACGCUUUCRUACAUCGCAGGCAGGAAAUCAGCACACUGAUGAAGAUGAUGGCAAAGGUUACAGAGAGCAUCACAGCUCCUGAGAUGUUGACUUUGGAGGUGCAGCACGGAGCAGACAUCCAAGCUGUGAGCCUGAGCAGACUGGUGCUUGUUCAGGCCUUUGAUGCGGGAGGAAAGCUGCAGAAGACCGGUCCUCCGCAGGUCAUCUGGUAUAAAACCAGCUUCAACAUCCUAAAAAUGUCCUGUGAGAUGCACAAGCUGCAUCACAGCAACCUGAUUCUGUCCUCGUGGGUCAAACGGGUAGCCUCCUUCGCAUCAACGAAGCUUCCUGCCCYGCCUCCUGUUCAGGUGAGCCUCUUGCAGAUCUACGAGAACACCUGGAGUCCUGUGGUGGAGGAGUUCCUCCAACUUGGCAGCAGAAUCGCGGAGGCGAACAUCACCUUCGAGGAGCUCGACCAGGUGCUGGUGGAGUCUGGUGAUCAGGGUGACGGGAAACUGCUGAGGAAUGAGCUGAAUCUGAUGUUGGAGGUGAUUUCUGCGGAGUUUACCUCURAGGAGGACUGGGUAAAGCUAAGGCUGGCUCAGAUCCAGAAGUACCGACAGCUCCAAGAGGCAGCGGCUACAGCCAGAGCAGUGCUGAGAAUCGCAGAACAAAUGAAGCUUUCUGGAAACUUCUCUGCCAUCGACACCCUCAGCCAGCUGGAUGAAGAAUCCUUCAAGCAGAGGGUCCUGAGUUCUCUCACUGAUGACCUGUUUCAUGCCAGUCAGCAGCUCUCUACCAUCACCAGACAGCACACUGCGUGUCUGGAAGAGUUUCUAAAGAGCCAGACACUGAUCAGCUGGGUCAAAGAGAACCUUAAAACUAUGAGCGAUGUGAAAGUUUACGUCGACCUUGCCUCGAUAUCUGCUGGAGAGAAUGACACGGAGAUCGACCAGGUGGCCUGCUUCCACGACGCGGUGAUGGGCUACGCUCCUCUGCUCUACUYCCUCUCCCCUCGGGCGGGCUUCGAGGAAUUCAUUAAAUGUGCUCAUCAGGUGUGGGACGCCCAGAGCAGAGACGACAAGCUCCCUUACAAACUGAGAGAGUCAACUCGAUUGCUGAGCUGGCUGAAAGCCCUGAAGGAGACUCACGGUUCGGUGGAGCAGUCUUCGCUCUCGCUGGCCUCUUCCAUUAAUGCUAGCGGAGUUUAUCACAUCGCAUGGUCUGACGAAAACAAGGAAAUGAGAUGUCUUCAAAACAUGAUCCAGGUGACGGUGAAGAGGGACAGAGAAGAGAAGAGAUACAAGCUCGAAGAUCUGCUGGAGCUUCAAAACAAACUCAUGCUGAUGUCUUCCAAAGGGGAACACGGCAGAGAACAAGUCAACRGAUUCACAGAGGUUUUUGAAGGAGUUCAGAGUGUGGGGACCAUCCUUCUUCAGAUGCAAACAUCUGGCAACAUGCUCUUCAGGAAGUGGUCCGCUGAGGUCCAUUGCAGUCCGCAGCAGCAGCCGUGCAUCGUCGUUACCUUCUCAUCAUUGGGGGGGAAACGGGUGUUGUACCAGGGUGAGGUGACGGAGCAGCUACGUGAACUCGCUCAGUCCAUGGACUCCUGCCAGAAGGAGUGGUGCUCCUUCAUUGGCGAGAUGCGCUCCAGCUUYGACCUGCUGAAUCACUACACCUCAGAGCAGCUGGUGUACAUGUGUCACUGGAUACACAAGGUGUGUCAGAGGCAGGCUUCUGUUCCACAACAGCUGUGGCACCUACUGUUUCCCGUAAGGCCUCGGUGCACGCUGACCGACGUUAGAGCUGCUUACGCUAACGCUGUGAGCCUGAUGUCAGAGGAUGAGGAAGUAGAAAGUGUUGAAUCUGAUGAGGAAGAUGAGUUUUAUGAGACUUCGAUGGACGUGUCAGCUAAGUCGAGGCACACAGCGGAGAACAUGGAUCAUGAUUGGAUGGCGUUUUCUUCUGAUGAUGAAGAAGAUGCUGAUCUCAUAAAUGAGAAGGGUCUUGAACACCUCUGGUUACAGUUUAAGCGGGACAUGUCUCAGUACCUCAGCGAGUCCCUGGACAUCCAGACUUUGGCCCACUUCCUUUUGUGCCUCUCUGAAAUCAGUCCCCUCCACGUGACCAGAAACCUCCCAACGUUCCUCCAAGAGGGAAAGCCAAAUCUCGUGCUUUGUUCAACGAUGGAGGUUUUCACCACAACGCUGUCCUUUUACAUGGAGAGCCCAACGCAGCCUCUGCCGUCUUCUGACGAGGUUCUGGUGUGCAGAGAGGAAACCAGCAAAGAAGAGGUGGAGAUCUUUCUUCGCCGCGCUCUCUGCCAAGUUUCCAGACAAAACUGGAAAAAGAUUUAUUCUCUGGUUAAUCCCGGGCUGCUGGGUUAUGAUGUCAGUGAAGCCUUAGUGGAGCUCUAUGAGGUUCUAGAGAGAAGUGCGAGCCCACAGUAUUGUUUGGUGAUAGUCAGUCCCAUUGCACACCAGCACAGAUGUGUGCCAUCUUACUUUAGCAACAACAAAGUACCGGCUGGUGUGGGUUUAACAGCAGGGAGUGCCAGGAAAUAUCUGCAUCACCAUUUCACCUUGAACACCUCGUCACAGAACUCAGUGGCUCUGAUUUCACCGGACAGACUCUCAGUCUGGAUGUUGUCCUCUGCACGCCCUGCAGUUGGGAAGUCCCUUUAUGUGGAUCGUUUGCUUGAGAAGUUCCAGCAGAAAUCUCAAAGAGCAAAUUACAUCAGGAUCCGACUGAUCAAACAAUGUGUUGACAUAGACUCUCUGAUCAAGAGUCUGUCAGAGAAACUGUCCCCUUUGAGAGAGCAGGACCCAGUUCUUCUUCACAUUGACACGGCAGGAGUUCGCUCGGGUCUGGAGGAGGUCCUUUUCCGUCUCUUGGUUUUGGGCUGUUUGAGCGACAGCCAUGGCAACCUGUGGAGACGGAAUGAAGAUCAUUUGAUAACUGUGGAGGUCCUGAAUACAAACACAUCACUUCAAAAUAGAACAAAAGAGAUAAAACUUGGGCUACUUGACAUUCUGCCCACCAUUCAUUGUAAACCUCCCAGAGAGGUACAGCAGAUGUUGGCCAGUCAAAAUUUUCCAACAAAAAAGAGUUCUGAUCCACUCAUGGAUGAAAAGGAGUUUUGCAGUGAAGGCAUUCAGAGGCCAUACCAGUACUUAAGGCUGUACAACCAGAAACAGAGUUUGGAUCAUUUUAACUAUGAGGAAGGGUCCAGAGUUGGAAAUCCCAUUGAUUGUCUCAAUCACUUUCUGUUGUACUGUGGCAUGGAUGAUCCAUCUUGGGGCGAGCUGAAGAACUUCUCCUGGUUCCUCAAUGUGCAGCUAAAAGACUGUGAAAAUUCAGUUUUCUGUGAUCCAUACUUUCUUGCGGACCAGCUUCCUGGCUUUAAGGGUUUCAUUGUGAAGUUCAUGAUUCUCAUGGCAAGAGAUUUUGCCUCUCCCUCUCUGAACACAAGUGACCAAAGUCCAAUGCUGCGCAUCAAAAGCAGCUCAGAAGAUGACCUUAUCACUCGUCUGACACUUCGUAAGCGCUGGGAAAAUGAGUCCCAUCCAUACAUUUUCUUUAAUGCAGACCACUCUUCCAUGUCUUUUCUUGGGUUUAAUGUGCAGAUAUGUCGAAGUCAGAAUACACUCAGUGCAGUUGAUCCCCACAGCGGCAAGGUUCUGAUAGACCAUGUAAUGACUCAAGAACUUUUUCAAGGUUUGCAGCGGCAAAGGAUUUCCCUCACCGAGGACUUUGAUCAGCUGCCUCGACCAGACAAAAUCAAAAGGAUUUCUUGUGUUGUUGGUGCAAGAAAAGGAAUUAUGGACAGGGGAUUUGAUCCAGACCCAACUUACGAGCUUACUGCUGACAAUGUGAUGAAGAUGCUUGCCAUACACAUGAGGUUUCGGUGCGGAAUUCCAGUUGUUAUCAUGGGUGAGACUGGAUGUGGCAAAACCAGAUUGGUCCGUUUUCUCUGCACUUUGCAGAGAGAGGAAAAACCAGUGGAGAACAUGGUUCUUGUCAAGGUUCAUGGUGGGACCACAGCAGAAAUGAUCUAUAGAAAGGUGCAUGAGGCUGAGAUGCUUGCUCUUGUGAACAAGCAAAGACACAAGUUAGACACCAUCUUGUUCUUUGACGAAGCCAACACCACAGAGGCCAUUUUUGCCAUCAAAGAAAUCCUGUGUGACCAGACAGUAAAAGGCGAACCUCUGAAGUUACACAGCGGCUUGAAAAUAAUAGCUGCUUGCAAUCCUUACAGGAAGCACUCUCCUGAAAUGGUGGAACGUUUGGAAUGUGCAGGGUUGGGAUACCGAGUGAGGGCAGAUGAAACGAAAGACCGCCUUGGAAAAGUACCGUUGAGGCAGCUCGUGUACAGAGUUCACCCUUUGCCUCCGAGCAUGGUCUCUUUGGUGUGGGAUUUUGGCCAGCUGAGUGACAUAACCGAGCUUUCUUACAUCAGACAGAUAGUCCAGAAGAAAGUAGCAAAUCAUCAUUUGCCAGCAGCUUGCAGGAACAUCAUUUCAAAUGUGCUGGCUGCCUCACAGAAAUACAUGCGAAGUCGGAAGAAUGAAUGCAGUUUUGUAAGUCUAAGAGAUGUGGAGAGGUCCAUGAAAGUGCUUGUAUGGUUUUACCAGCACAGCCAAAACUUUUUGAACUACAAUCGCCUUGAAGAAAAUGACAAGACCCUGAAGUGCUUAAUUCUUGCUGUUGGAGUGUGCUAUUACCCAUCUCUUGUGGCCAAAGAGGAGUACCUGGAAGAAAUUUGUAGGUACUUUCCAAGCCCAAUGGACUCUGCAGCCAAACUGCAGGAGGAGAUUUCAUCUUGUCAAGACCUCUUCCUCCAGAACAUCCAGACCAGAGAGACCAUUGCCAAAAACAUAGCCCUCAAAGAGAAUGUUUUCCUCAUGGUUGUGUGUAUAGAACUCAGGAUCCCACUCUUUCUGGUAGGAAAGCCAGGCAGCUCCAAGUCUCUUGCUAAAACAGUUGUAGCAGAUGCUAUGCAGGGACAGAACUCUCACUGUGAACUCUUCAGGAAACUCAAACAGGUCCAUAUGGUCUCCUUCCAGUGCAGCCCUCACUCAAGUCCAGAGGGCAUCAUAGGUACAUUCCGGAACUGCGCUCGCUUCCAGAAGGACAAAAACAUGGAUGAGUAUGUUUCAGUGGUGGUGCUUGAUGAGAUAGGACUUGCAGAAGAUUCUCCACAGAUGCCACUGAAGACCCUUCACCCUCUCUUGGAGGAUGGCUGUAUUGACAAAGACAAACCAGAUCCGCACAUGAAGGUCGGGUUUGUUGGGAUCUCCAACUGGGCCCUUGACCCUGCAAAAAUGAACAGAGGGAUUUUUGUCUCCAGAUGGGACCCAAGUGAGGAUGAACUUGUGGACACUGCCAAAGGAAUAUGUUCAUCCUCCAAACAGAUUCUCUUAAAAAUCAAACACCUCUUCCCAUCUCUGGCAAAGGCCUUUCUAAACAUCUGUAGUGAGACCUCAAAAAAUCAGUUCUUUGGUCUGAGGGAUUAUUACAGCCUUGUCAAAAUGCUCUUUGCAGCAGUCAAGUCCACACAACAAGAACCAGAUGCAGAACAGCUGGUGGAGGCCAUCUUACGUAACUUCAGUGGACAGCAGGAGAGUUUUGACCCGGUCAUAUUUUUUCAAGAAGUUCUCAAAGAUGUUACAGAAUUUCCCAGACCUAGGACUCUGCAGAUGGUGAAAAAGAAUCUUGAUCAUGGUACUAAUGAAGAGAGCCGUUACCUCUUGUUACUGACCACCAACAAUGCAGCGCUUCAUAUCCUUCAGCAGCAAGUCUUUGCCAAAGGAGACUAUCUACCACCUGAAAUAAUUUUUGGCUCAGGGUUCCCAAAGGACCAGGAGUAUGCCCAGAUCUGCCGGAAUGUAAACCGUGUGAAAACGUGCAUGGAGACUGGGCGCACCGUCAUCCUCCUCAACAUGCAGAAUCUUUACGAAAGCCUGUACGAUGCCUUGAACCAGUACUAUGUCUACCUCAGUAAGCAGCAGUAUGUGGAUCUGGGUUUGGGCUCCCACAGGGUCAAAUGUCGUGUUCAUACUAACUUCAGACUGGUGGUGGUGGAAGACCAGAAGAAGGUCUAUGAACACUUCCCUGUGCCGCUCAUCAACAGAUUGGAAAAACACAUAGUGGAUCGGAGCACUGACCUGGAGUCGUGGCAGCACCGGGUUCUGGACAAACUGAGAGAAUGGGUGAAGGAAUUUGCCGGAGAAGCCAACGAGGAUUUCAAGCUGUCUGACAUUUUUAUUGGCUUCCACAGUGAUGCGUGUGCCAGUGCUCUGCUUCAGGCACUGGAGAGGAGAGCACAGAAAGCUGGAGACAGUGAAGAACAGGACAUAAGAAAACCUGAGUCAGACAAAGAAGACUCGGCUACUGAGAUGGAAGACGAGUUUGUUGAUGCAAUGGACACAGAGCAAGAAAAUGAAUCAGAGGAAAUGAAAAAUUAUGAAUCCGGUGAGGUUGAUGAAGCAAACAAAGAAGUUGUGGGAAAAGAAGAAAUGAUGCACACGAAAAAUAAAGACAAGGAGGAGGAAGUCUUCAAUUUGGCCAAAGGCUUAUUGUUAAACUGUGCCACUCCUGAUGCUGUGGUGAGGCUCAAAUACUCAGGUUUAUCCAACCAGGAGCGAGAGAAACUCCAGAGAUUGUACUUCCAGCAGCAGCAUCACCACUCGCUCAGAGAYUUUCUGGGAGACUGUUUAAACAAACAUCAGGAGUCCAGCAAGUUUCUGGAGAUCACUACCUUCUCCAGCUUGUUGACCAGAUCAGAUCUGAGGGUUUUAGCUUAUGCUCUGGGUCUACAUACAGACAGGAUCCUCCUGCUGUCGCUCCACCAGUUUGACACUGAAGUUUCCUUCUGCAAUAAAACACGGGCCUUCAUCCAAAAUGCAGGCCACUCUCUUCACAUUCUGUUCAUCCAGGUGGACCUGGAGGAAUCCCAGGGCUGCGAUGAGCUCAUCGCAUCGGCAAAGUACUGCACCAUGAAUUACAUGAUGUCACAGGAGGAUCAGCCCUGUUGGGUGAUUUUUAUUGUGAAGGUUUCAAGGAUUCUAAGUCAGUCCCAGUACAUUGGCUUCCAAGGAGGCAUCUGGCAUUCAGCGCACAUUGAUGACCUGAGGGACUCGGAGGACAUGAGUCUGAAUCUGUCAGUUUUCUGUGGGACUCUCAUCAGCAGCCUGCUCARACCUGCACUUCCAGAAAAUGAGAAAAACGGUGAAGCAAUGGUGUUAAACGACCCAGAGGUUGAACGGGCCCACCUUCACAGUUUGUCUUUAGUGAGGUCAUGUGUUCAGAAAGCCGUGGGGCUACUGAGAGACCCCGACAGUGUGGCAUCAAGGGGCAUGCAGCGGAUGAACAUCCUCCUGACUCUUCUGGGAAAUAGUCAAAAUCCAACCGGAGCUGGUUUUCAGAGAGUUUUGUUGAGCCGACUGGCAGAAACUCUGGCUCAGAGAGAAGAGACGAUGGGAGCUCCUAAAGAGUGGGUGAACAUGGAGGCCAAGAAACGCCAAGCUUUGCAGGAGGGAGGGACUCUGAGGCAUACCCUGUGGCGGUGUCUUCAGUCCACCGUGACGCCGGUCUUAGCCAGCAUGUUGGAGGUCCUGGACAGGUACUCGAACCUGGACUUGGUGUCUGAUGACAGACUCAGCCAGGGUCUGAUUCAGCUGUGGUUGGACCUUCUGGCAGAUUCACAGAUCUUACACCUGAUACCUCCCAGAAAUCCAAGCGAGUUGGAUCGUGAGGUUCUGGUCCAACAUUACUUCAUGUUGGGUGGUGAGGAACAGCCGUGCUUGGCUCCGUUCAGCUGGAUCAUCAGAAUGAACCUGGAGGCCCUGUGGGAGGAGUCUGAAUUCAUGCCAGUAACCAAAGAAGGUGGGUCUGAGAGGAUUCUGCAGUUUGUGAGCACCUUCAAAAGCAGCAGGCUGGGCGGGUAYUUCCAGCAGCUCUCAGAGGAGGACCAACAAGAGUUCAAGCUUCUGUUUCUGCAGGACUUCCUGCUGCUGUCUUUCAACGUAAAAUCAAAAGAUGAGCUCAAGGUGUUCAUCGGAACCGUGCAGGGCUGUGUGUCGGAGCUCCAGGCCUCUGUGGGAGUCCCUGCUGAUCUCUCUCCUGCUUGGAUAAUGGCAGCUGUGAAACACUUUGCAGCCCGACUUGACACGCUCAGCCACUUGUUCCUCCUGCAGCCGCAGUUGGCUGCUGAUGUUCUCCAGCACAGAUCCAAGAGGAGCGAGCAGCAGGAAAUGGUGGAGGACAUUUUAGCUCUUGGUAUCUGUGUGGAGCAGACCAAACUCCUGACUGUGACUUCCCUCCAUGAGUGUGAGUCAUUUGUGAGCAGAGUGGAGUUCCUUCAGCCGUGUCUGGACCGAGCGUUCAGUCAGAAAUACAGCGCUCUCUGCAGUGUUUCCUGUUUGCAACACCUGGCCUCCAUCAGGUGUUUGUGGCACGGGAUGCUUGUUGUUGCAUGUUUCAUCCAGCACGUCAUUUUUAAAGUUAAACAGGAUGACUCAAGACUUAAAGAUCUGGCUCUAAAACACUGCAACCUUCAUCUGAACCUGAUGCAGGAGUCACCUGAUGUACGAAGUGUGAACACGCUGCAGCAGCUGAUCCGAAUCCUCAAUUCUUUCCACAAAGAGUGCAUCAGCCGAGUGCUGAGGUUUGACGUUUCGUGUCCGGUUUGCCUGCUGGACUUCACCGAACCGUUAGUUCUGCCCUGUCAGCACGUCCUCUGCCUGCCGUGUUUUCAGAACUGCAUUCAGCAGAACCGACGGUUCUGCCCGAAAUGUCGGGACGACUUACCAAAUGACUUCACACCGACUGUUUCUCACAGCGUCAAGGCAGCCGUGGAGCAACAGGCAGCCAUCAGACGCUGCUGCAACGCCUUCUUCCUUGAGGUGGUGUCCAGGUUCUGUCUGKCAGAGGAGCAGAAGCCCGAGGAUGGCGUGGUGGUCCUGCUGUUCUCGUUGCUCGUCUCCGCUACCGGAGACGUUUACCGCACCAGAGAGCUCACUCCCUUCCUGGAGUGUGUGGAUAACAGCCCCGUGGUCCGGUCGGUGCUACCCAAGCUGCUGCUUCAGUACAGUUUUAACCAGGUGAAGACUCACAUCCAAAACUACCUGAAGAACCUGGAGGAGAAACUUUUAGACAGAGAAGACCAAACAGAACUCUACCUGCUGUUUGUCAACUGCUUCCAGGAUUCUCUGCUGUGCUCAAAAGCAAGAGAAGAAGAACCUGGUGGAGAGCAUCAAGCAGACGUCAGKUUUCUGAGCAGGAUCGUUCGGAAACAGACUCCAGACAGGCAGGAAGACCCGGCAGAGUUUCUGCUCAACGUGGCCAGGCUCCGGAUCUGUCUGAACUCUGCUGCCAAGCUGCUCAAGAGAGCAACACUYCAGCGUGAGCUUCAAACAGGUGGACAGGUGGAGGUUGCCGAGUACCUGCGGCAGGUGAGGGGGGUCUGUGAGUACGGCAGUAACGACUGGCUCCGGGUCUACCUGCUGAGAGCCCUCCACAGGUGCUCCAGCAUGGACUCCAUACUGACCCUAAUGAACAAUCCGGCCUGGAGGUGGAUAUUUCCUGCAGAGCUGCUCAAACUUCAGAGGAGGGUUCCACAGAACAUGGACUACUUCCUUUGCUGCGGCACACCUUACAGAACCAUAAGAACCGCCAUGAUCCAGGUUCUUCUGGAGAACCGGUCCGACACCUUUAAGGCAGAGCUGCAGAAGCUGAGAGGAUCUCAGAUCAGCCUUGUGCCUCUGGCCUUAUUCAGACAAGUSACCUGCCGCUACAGGUCACCUGAUGUGAGCGUACAUCCUUCACAACAGGUACACAACAGCCGAAGGCCAGCUGYGCCAUCUUAAUCUGAUUCAGAGCUCCAGUAAAUGCU